CCGCCGCGACUUGGGCGUCCCGAGCGCGCCACACGCGUCGGAACCGGGAGCGGAGAGCAGCACACCCGCCCGGCCGUCCCUGUUUUUCUCGUUCGCUCCCUCGCCGCCGGACUGCUUGCGCCGUUCGGGAGAAAAGGAACGCCGCCGGGAAGAGGGGUGAAAAACGAAGCGGCUGCUGUGCGGCUUCGGGCGCGCGCGCGCGCUCUCCGACACACCCGCCGGCGCUGUCCACGCGUGGGGCACGCACGGAGCGGCUUCCGUGGGCAUCAGAAAAAAAAGCGAAACAAUAGAACCAUAGAGUGCUGUUUGUGCGCGUGAUGACUGGAUCGGACUGCAGCGUCGGGACUGCCCGUCGGCGCGUGCCGAGCGCGUUGGGGAGAUUUCUCUGCUGCCGGUUGCUGUGGAUAACCGCCCUCGUCAAAGGCAUGUCGUGUCUUCGACUACUGGAGAUGUCGGCUCCGUCGGCGGCGAUCCACGGCCGCGGCAUGUGGCUCAACUGCAGCUUCGACCUCGAGUCCGACGAGCUGUACUCGGUCAAGUGGUACAAGAACGACACCGAGUUCUACCGCUACAUUCCACGGGACAGGCCGCCCGCGCAGAACUACGACCUGCCGGGUGUGGUGGUCGACAUGGCCCGGUCUCGUGAGGGUCACGUGUUCAUCUCAUCAGUGAACCUGUCCACCGAGGGAAACUACCGCUGUGAGGCGUCGGCUGAGGCGCCUUCCUUCCAGACUGUGGUCCAAGAGAAGGAGGUCAAGGUCUUCGUGAUCCCAGAGCAUCCGCCCACUAUACGAGGCACGCGAGCCAAAUACGGAGUCGGCGAGCGCGUCGAUGUCUCUUGCAGAGCACCGUACUCGCUUCCGGCAGCCAAGCUCGUAUGGCUCGUCAACGACCAAGAGGUUCCGUUCACCGACGUGCGCGAGUUGGAGACCCUGUACGACUCAGAGGGACUGCAGAGUUCGGGCGCAGUGCUGUCGUUUACCCUGCGACCGCACCACAUGGCGGGCAGCUGGCUGCGACUGAAGUGUGUGAGCGUCAUCUCCGAGGUGUACCUCACGUCCAGCGAAGAGCUCAUUGUGGGCGACACAGAACCAUCCAUACCAUACCCAGAAACGAGCCCUGACAGUCCAGUUAUCAACGGUGGCCAGCACAAGUACCGGAUCAACGACCUCGUGAACUUGACCUGCAGAUCCGCAGAGUACGACACGCCGCCGGAGCUCACGUGGUUCAUAAACGACAAAGAGGCCCGCCCUGAGUACCUGGUGAGGUACGAGCUGCAAAGAUACCCGAGGUAUGCUGCGUCCCUCGGCUUGCGCUUCAGAGUAAGGCCAGAGCAUUUCGAGGAUGAGCGCAUGCACCUGCGCUGCACGGUCUCUCUGUCGCACGUCCUGAACACCAGCAGCGCAGAGGCCAGCAUCAAGAACAAACACCGAACCAUGUCGGGACUCAGGGCGCCCACGGAUGACGCGUCCAACGAAGGAAUGUCCAUACUGGCACCUUUCCUGUCCAGCCUACUCAUCUGCUUUGCCCUUCUGGAGCUAUGAUGGACAC